UUUUUUCUGGGCAUGCUGACUUUCUGGCUUUAUGUGAUGCCACUAAUUAGCAAAAGGGGGGGAAAAGAUAGAAAGUAAGUCCUUAUUCUUUACAAAUACUGAAUCACAUUGUCAGUUCUAAGUUAACAUUGCAGGAAGACCUCAGAUCUGAGCAAGUAAGUGGCUAAUCAACAACGUAUAGCAGCUGGUAAGUGACAGCCUCACGUUGUUAUAAUUUUUAUGCUUAUUUCCUACUGGAGGAAAUCAUCACCACACUCAAAUCAUCCCCGGGAGAAUAGAAGACGGUGUGAGCUCCGUCGGACUGGCACCGCUGGCGCUGCCUUGCCGUGGCUGCCAUUCCCUCCCCGGGGGCGGCCCCGGGCUGGGGAUGCUGGAAGCGGGGCGCUCCCGGGUGGCUCUGCACCGGAGACAGACGCUGCCCUCCGGAAAGGAGACGAGGAGCGGGGGAGAGCCGGGGCAGAGCUCUUCCCUCAUGGAAAAGCUGAGACGUGGAAGCCACCUGGGGUCAGGCACAGUCCCCACAGCGUCCUCGGGCACAGCCGAGCCCUGCAGGGAGCCCCCCAAGCUGGGAGCGCACCAGGGCUUCCCCUGCAGCACCAGUUUCAAAGUGGUGGAAGGGAACUCUCGGGAGCCCCUUAACCCCCCUCAAACCACCAGAACCGGCCGCGAUCAUCCCUGUGGGUCCUUCCCGACCCUGCUGGGGGCAGGCGGAGGCACAGCCAGGCUGGCGCUUCCCCCGCGGAGGCUCCGGGCUCGCUCCGGUGCGGGCCGGGCCGGCCCCGCGGUCCGGGCGCACCGAGCGUCUCCAUGGCACCCCCGGAAGCGGCGCCAUUGGCGGCACGGGCGGAAGCGGAAGCGGCGAUGGGCGGGUAGGGGCGGGGCGGGCGGCGGGAUGGCGGCGGCCGUGUUGCUGCUGCUGCUGCUGGUGGCGGCAAGGCCCGGCCCCGGGCGGGCGGACGCGGGGCGGGAGCGGCGGGACGCGCUGCGGGAGGAGCUGCUGCUGAGCCCGCUGCCCACCGGCGAUGUGGCCGCCACCUUCCAGUUCCGCACGCGCUGGGACGCGGACCUGCAGCGGGGCUCAGUCUCUCACUACAGGCUCUUCCCGAAGGCGCUGGGCCGGCUGGUGGCGGCGCUGGGCGUGCGGGAGCUGCACCUCGCGCUCACCCAGGGCUUCUGGCGCACCCGCUACUGGGGGCAGCCGCCCCUCCAGGCACCCGCUGGCGCUGAACUCUGGGUCUGGUUCCAGCCCACGGUCACCGAUGUUGACAAAGCCUGGAAAGAACUGAGUAACAUCCUUUCAGGAAUAUUCUGUGCUUCUCUCAACUUCAUUGAUUCGACCAACACGGUGAUUCCAACAGCAUCCUUCAAACCCCUGGGUUUAGCCAAUGGGACGGAUCACCAUCUCCUGCGUUACGCUGUCCUGCCCCGGGAAGUUGUCUGCACAGAGAACCUCACCCCUUGGAAGAAGCUGCUGCCGUGUGGCUCAAAGGCCGGGCUCGCUGUGCUGCUGAAGGCCGAGCGCUUGUUCCACAGCAGCUACCACUCCCAGGCAGUGCACAUCCGCCCCGUCUGCAGGGAUGCCUCCUGUCUGGCUGUGUCCUGGGAGCUCAGACAGACCCUCACUGUGGUCUUUGACUUCUUUUCCAGUGGCCAGGGAAAGAAAGACUGGUCCCUCUUUAAGAUGUUCUCUCGCACGCUGACUGACACGUGUCCUCUGGCAUCGCAGAGCAAAGUCUACGUUGACAUUUCCCCUAAGAACAAGGAAAAGGAGCUAUUGGAAGUGUCCCCCCCUCCAACAUCAGUACAUGAAGCUAUUGUCCAGGGGGACAGGAAAACCUAUGCUGUGUAUGACCUGCUGAGCCCCUCACUCUUCAACACAUCUCGCAGCCUCAAUGUGCAGCUGAAGUGGAAGCGGCCCCAAGACAGCUCGUUACGUGGGCGGGUACGGGCUGCAGACAGGGGAGAUCUGCACCCUCAUCUACAACACCCACCCCUACCGAGCCUUCCCCGUGAUCCUGCUGGAGACUGUGCCCUGGUACCUGCGGCUCUAUGUGCACACCUUGACUAUCAUCACCAAGGGGAAGGAAAACAAGCCAAGACAGUGGAAGCAGGAUCACCCACCUCAUGGGACAUGUCCAGGCCAUGUGAGAUUGGACAAGGUCCCCCUGGUGCCAUUGCUGAAAUCUCUUUGGGGUUAGGUUACAUCCACUACCAGCCAGCCCAGGACCGGAGACGGCCUCACCUCUUGGAAAUGCUGAUCCAGCUGCCAGCCAACUCCGUCACCAAGAUCACAAUCCAGUUUGAGAGGGCCUUAUUGAAGUGGACAGAGUACCCACCUGACCCCAAUCAUGGCUUUUAUGUCGGUUCAUCUGUGCUCAGUGCCCUGGUGCCCAGUGUCACUGCAAUGAAGGACAUGGAUGUGGAGCAGAGCCCUCUCUUCACCUCGCUGUUUCCCUCCUCUGAUGGCUCCAGCUAUUUUGUGCGUCUGUACACGGAGCCACUGCUGGUGAACCUGCCAACACCAGACUUCAGCAUGCCCUACAAUGUCAUCUGCCUCACCUGCACCGUGGUGGCCGUGUGCUACGGCUCCUUCUACAACCUGCUGACCAGAACGUUCCACGUGGAGGAGCCGAGCCGGGGCGGGCUGGCCAAGCGGCUGGCCAACGUCAUCCGGAAAUUCAGGGGGGUACCCCCGCUCUGAGAGGAGCCAGGGCAGCCAGCACUGCCUGCAGGGCUCGGUGGGGACACUGAGAUAGCAGAGCACUGCUGCCUCUUGUCUCGCUGCCAGCAGCUUGUUCUGUUUGCUGCCUGGAUCUCUCUUGGGAUCCAAUAAGCUGAGAGACUACUUCCAUUGCUGAGAUGGGAAAUGGCUCUAGGCCCAUUGACUACUGAACUGCACUGCUAUGGGACUGGGAAAGUAAAAGACUUCUGGUUGAGAGAGGUGUAACUUACAUGCUGGGAAUGGUGCUGGAAAUAAACUUGAGUGUUUUGUAUGUUU